CCCCUCCCCCCCCCCCCGUUGAUCGAUUGGCCCGUCCCAAGCCAUCCCAUGCUGCCUUUUCCUCUCCGUGUGUCCUUGACACGAGUCCAUAUCCAUGACACACCCCUACCCCCUGGCCUUCUCUCCACUUCCAAGCGCUAGAGUACUCAGCCCAUGUCCAUCUGCGUAUCUGCGGAUACCAAACAGCUGCCGGAUGCAGUUGCAAUGGACCUGCCUCGCUGCUGGGAAAUAUAAAGCAUCUGCCUCAACAUGCUCUUCCGAGGGCUUCCCGUUCCCCCUUUUCUCUUGCGAUCAGCAGCCUUUCCACCCAACGGCCAACAGCUCAGGUCCUCGUUCGACCCGUUUGUCAAUUGCUGUCAAAGACUCGUUAACUCGUGUCUCCCAACCCCGCUCUCACUAUGAGUAACGCCGGAGGUCUGCAGGACGAUGUCCUGGCCAAGGCCCACGUUCCCGCGGCCGCCGCCCAGGGCACUGAAAAGGAGACUCGCGGCUCUUUCGACGUUACUGCUGCCGCCGCCCCUGCCGCUGACGACCAGUACUACGACUCCAAGUCCGACGACGAGUACCCGGACAAGCCUACGGAAGAGGAGCUCAACACCCUCCGCCGUGUCUCGGGCCCCAUCCACUGGGGUAUCUACACCAUUGCCUUCGCUGAGCUUUGCGAGCGUUUCUCCUACUAUGGCUCCUCCGUCCUCUACACCAACUUCGUCAUGCGCCCCCUUCCGGAGGGCUCAAAGACUGGUGCUACCUACGGCCGCGACGUUCCUGCCGGUGCUCUGGGUAUGGGCCAGAGAGCCUCCCAGGGUAUUUCAUUGGUGAACCAGUUCUGGGCUUACCUGAUGCCCCUCUUCGGUGGUUGGCUGGCCGACUCAAAGCUUGGUCGCUACAAGGUCAUUCACAUCGCCAUUGCUGUCUCGACCAUUGCCCACGUCAUUCUCGUCAUUUCCGCCGCCCCUGGCGUCCUCGCCAAGGGCAAGGUCGCCUUUGCCCCCUUCUUCAUCGGUCUCUUCACACUGUGCUGCGGCACCGGCCUCUUCAAGGCCAACAUCUCUCCCCUGCUCGCUGAGCAGAACAGGGACACCCGUAUGCGCGUCGAGGUUCAGAAGGGCGAGCGCGUCAUCGUUGACCCCGCCGUCACCAACAGCCGUAUCUUCCUUUGGUUCUACUUCGCCAUCAACCUUGGUUCUGUCACUGGCCAGAUUUCCAUGGUCUUCGUCGAGAAGUACCAUAGCUUCUGGCUGGCAUUCCUCCUGCCCACCAUCCUCUUCUUCAUCUGCCCUGUCGUCCUCUUCCUGAACAAGAAGAAGUACCACCUCACUCCCCCCACCGGCUCCGUUCUCGAGAAAUUCUUCAAGAUGUCUGGAUUCGCUGCCAAGCGCUCCGGUGGUAUUACCAAGCUGAACUGGGACAACGCUAAGCCCAGCAAGGUCCCCGUUGCUGAGCGCCCCGGCUGGUUGACUUAUGACGACGCCUGGGUUGACGAAGUUCGCCGUGGUCUGAUGGCCUGCAAGGUCUUCCUGUUCCUGCCCGUGUUCUUCCUCGCCUACAACCAGAUGACCAACAACCUGACCUCGCAGGCUGGUUCCAUGGUUCUCGCUGGCGCCCCCAACGACGUUAUCCAGAACUUGAACCCUCUGUCUAUCAUCAUUAUGAUUCCCAUCCUGGAUCACUUGGUCUACCCGGGUUUCCGCAAGUUGGGCUUCAACUUCACCCCAAUCAAGCGUAUGACCACUGGUUUCUUCUUCGCCGCCGCCUCCAUGAUUGCUGCUGCCGUCAUGCAGCACUACAUCUACCAGAAGUCUCCCUGCGGCAAAUACGCCACCCUCUGCGAGAAUCCUGCCCCGAUCAACGUUUGGGCUCAGUGUCUCCCCUACGUCCUCAUUGGUCUUGCCGAGAUCUUCACCAACGUCACCUCGUACGAGUACGCCUUCUCCAAGGCCCCUGAGAACAUGAAGUCCCUCGUCAUGUCCAUCAACUUGUUCAUGAGUGCUGUCUCUGCCGCUAUCGGCCAGGCUUUCACUCCUCUCUCUGAGGACCCUCUCCUGGUCUGGAACUACAGUUCCGUUGCCAUCAUUUCCUUUGUUGGUGGCAUUGCUUUCUGGUUCUGCUUCAACCACCUCGACGCUGAGGAGGAUGAGCUUAACUUGCUCAAGAAGACCAAGUUCAUUGGCUCCAACCAGCCCACUGCUGCUCAGGAAGACGCCAGCGCCACUCAGGUUUCUGAGAAGGUUUAAGUCUGUAGCAAUACCAUCAUAUCUUGCGCUCAACUCCUACACUAGUGGGUGUGAUCCUAGUUAGCUAUAAUUAUUUCCCGCGUCAAAUGAUUCCCCGGCCGAUGGUCUUGCAGACCAGUUGCCAAUCUCUUAGCUAGAUGCGUGCACAUAGCAAUGCACAUAAUGAAAUACAUAUUCCACAAGA